AUGAGCAAGAAAGCACUGCGGGAAGUAUGGAGCACCUCUUGGCACCCCGGGCUAACCAGGGUACAAACUGAAAAUAUCGAAAGAGUUCAAAAACGACGUGAUUGCAGUGAAAUAUUGAAGACUUCUCCGAGUUCUCAAAGUGGAGUAUAUGCAAUUACCAGUAACGACGGAACCAGGACAUGGCCUGUUUACUGCGACAUGGUCACCGACGGUGGAGGAUGGAUAGUUUUUCAGAAACGUCAGUCUAGUUGGACCGAUUUUAAUAAUUCGUGGUUAGAUUACAAGAAUGGUUUCGGCACUAUGUGUGAUUUCUGGCUAGGGAACGAACUAAUCCAUCAGAUAACGGCAUCUGGAGAGUACAGCCUUCGACUGGAUAUGACUACGACAAAUGGUGACGUUUACUUUGCAACAUACUCAUCGUUCACCGUCAAUGGAGAGAGUGACAAGUACAGAUUGGAACUUGGAGCUCUAAUAGACGACAAUGCUGGGGAUGUACUUUCAGUUGCACGUGGUAGAGAUUUCACAACCUACGAUAGAGACAAUGAUGAUCAUAAUACUAAGAAUUGCGCUAUGGAUUCUUGUGGUUGGUGGUAUAAAUCGUGCUUUAAAUGCUUGCUAAAUGGCUUGUUAGUAAAAUUCAAGUGCGCAAUUAAUGAUGCGUCUCCCAAGCUGCCGUUGAGUUAUUCGGAGAUGAAGAUGAAGAGGAGGCUGUAAGUCGUUUUCUCUUUUGAGGAAACUUGUAAUAAAAACAAAUUGUAGAAUUUUCAAGUGAGUUUAACAAUUAGUGUUUAAGAUGAAGUACGCAUGGAAAUUAUGUUGAAUGAUAUAGCUCUAUUAUAUUUAUUAUUUGUAAUGUUAAU